AUGGCUUUCCUCGUCCCGCCAUCCAACCCGAGACUAGAUGGUUACGACAUUAGCUCCUGGCGCCUGGUGAAUCAUCUACCGUUCGAUGGAAACUUUGAAGACAAAUUCCAGAGCAUGUCUUUGCAUCUAUCCUUUACCGACUUCGAGCUUCCCAUUGAUGUCGGGGUUCGCGGCUUGAGAGACACUCUUGCCAUAUUGCUCGAGUCUGUUGUUUCGGCAAACGACGGGGCCAACCACAUCGGCGACUUAGACAUCAAUGCGAUGUUCCGUAAUGAUGGGUUGGUUAUGGCGCCCAAAUGCACUCACAAGAGCAAGAGUACGGAACAGCUGAAUGCAGAGAAGAGAUUCGUAUCGAUUGAUUCAUGGGCAGAAUUCUUGGAUCUGCCUGAGACAACAGGCAUAUUCAGGGCCAACGGGAACUGGCAAGCUAGAUUAGCAGCGGCGUCAGCGGGUGUACAGCUUGGGAAGAAGCUUGCUAUUCUCCCUCCAAAGCCAUGCCUGCAAUGUUUAAAUGCGAUAGACACUAGCCAGAUUGAUCUCAUCAUUGCCUAA